AUGUUACAACUAAUUCAGUCCUGCCUCUCGCUUUGUUCGUCUAUUGGGGCGCUUGCCGGCUUCCUCCUGGCAUACUUGUUCUGGUCAGCCGACAGAGACGAGAGCGCAAGACAUCCACUGCGAUCUAUCGAGUUGCUAGGCCGCGUUCUGACCAUUGCUAUCGCCGCGACGUCGUGCAUAAUCUCCAUUGCUUACACACUGAGCAACGUCAGCUACGGGAAGGUAUCAUUCGAGCCAUACAUAAUCGCCUGUUCGUUCCUGGAUACGCUGCUCUGGCUGAGUCUGGCGCUCACGCUGACGGUCUCGUCAAGACCAGUCUGGAAUGCAUACGGGACUGCAGCUCUAGUCUCAUGUCUAAGCACUGCCGGAUCUUUGGUGUACUCGAUAUCGACGGAUGAAUUGUUGUUUCCUCGGACUUUCAUCGCUCUAGUCGCCCUACGCUGCACGUUUCUCAUCGGGUUAUGCGCCAUCGCAUCUUUCGCCUCUUGUUCGCGAAUAGCCGUUAACCAGCAGACCGAACACGAGCCACUGCUCAGGUCAAUUUCAUCAUCGAGCGCUGGCAAAGACGGGGAGCUGGAUGACCCCGAUGAGGAGUCACUGACGAGCGAUGACGACGAAUUGGUGCUGGCUAAGCGGCAAGAGAUCGUUAAAACUAGAGGUGGUCUGCUGGGAUACCUGAAGGAGUUCAAGAUCUUCUGGCCAUACUUGUGGCCCAGUAAGAACCGGAGGUUGCAAGGCAUACUAGCGGCUUUGCUGGUAGACAUCAUAGCACACCGCAUCGUCAAUGUCCUGUACGCAAGACAAUUCGGCCUGGUCGUUGACGGACUAUACGAAGCAGUAAAACUUGGCGGGGCAUUGCCAUGGGAGACAAUACUACUAUGGAUCUUUCUGGCUAUCCUGGCUGGCCAUAGCUGCGGACUGGAGGCCAUUUCCGAGUAUCUUGGAGUGCGUCUCACCAACUGGUCGAGAAUCCAACUGCAGGCUGCAGCAUUUAAUCAUGUCAUGGGCUUACCCAUGAGCUUCCACGACGAUAAGGACUCCGGCGAGAUCAUCAAAGCCAUCGAGCAAGCAGGCUCCCUCGCCUCCUUGCUCAACAGCAUCGUCAUCGAGACGCUGCCCUUCCUUUGCGACAUUGCCAUCGCGCUCUUCUACGUCAGCACGUUGCUGGAUAUCUUCGCGACAGUCAUCGUUCUGUACGUCGUCGUCGCGUUCACAUUUGUGACCUACUUCAUCUCUUUGGCCAUGGUAAGAGCACGAAGGGACUCAGCUGCAAAGUCGAGAUCUCAGAGUCGCUUGUUAUACGAGGUGGUCAGCAAUUUUACCACCGUCACAUCGUUCGGGCGCCGAUCGCACGAGCAGCGACGACUUCGAGACGCACUCCAGACAGCUGUCGAAUCUGAUCAGUGGAACAAUGACCUUCACAUCUAUCUAUCUGCGUCUCAAGAGCUCGUCGAACUGAUGGGCCUCUUGGCCAUCUCGAUGCUAGCUGCAUACAAAAUUGCACACGGCUCCAUACCGGUCGGCAACUUCGUCACAAUAUACGAGUAUUGGGACGUUGUAACCACGCCACUGUGGAUCUUGGGCUAUACUCUCCGAAAGAUUUCGUCCAACCUUGUCGACGCUGAACGCCUGUUGCAACUCUUCCAAGAGUCGUCGCCUAUCAAAGACGGCCCCAUCGAAUUGUCUCCUUGCAAUGCACUAGGUGCCGUCAGCUUCUCGGAUGUCUCGUUUGCUUACUCUGCUGACCAGAAGCAACUAACGCUGCACAACAUUGACUUCACCGCACAGCCUGGCCAGACUAUCGCCCUCGUCGGCGCCACUGGAGCUGGCAAAUCCACUGUCAUCAAACUUCUUCUCCGCUUCUUCGAUGUGUGCUCACCGGGCGCCGUCACGAUAGAUGGUCACAACAUCAAACACCUCACCCUGGACUCACUCCGUGGCCUCAUCGGCAUCGUUCCCCAAUCCCCUGCCUUGUUCAAUACCUCACUACUAGAGAAUGUUCGCUAUGGCCGGCUCACUGCCUCCGACGCCGAAGUGCACGCUGCGUGCCAUUCAGCUGCGAUCCACGAGCGCAUUCUGUCCUUUCCGCAGGGCUACCACACGCGCGUCGGAGAGCGCGGAGUCAAGCUAUCCGGCGGCGAGCUUCAACGGAUAGCCAUAGCCAGGGUGAUUCUGCAGCAGCCGCGGAUCGUGCUGUUGGACGAGGCGACAAGUGCACUCGACACAAAGACCGAGCAAGAGAUACAGCGAGGUUUGGUCAAGGACUUGACACAGGGAAGGACGACGAUUGUGAUUGCGCAUCGGCUGAGCACAGUCGUGGAUGCGCAUCAAAUUCUUGUGCUGGAUGAGGGGAGGAUUGUGGAGAGAGGAAGCCAUCAGGAGUUGCUGGAUAGGGAGGAUGGCCGGUACCGUGAAUUAUGGGGGAGGCAGAUACGAGCGGAAGUCGGGACAGGCAGGCCCUCGUGA